AUUCGAGUCAAUCCCAAGUCAUCCGGGGUCACAGUUCGAAGUCACGCUGGCUCACGUCACGCUAGAGAUGGAUUUAGCAAAAUCGUUCGACAAUUGAAUCAAUCUAACGAAACCCCCAAUCGAGUUGUGUCACUUGUCGUUUUCAGACCAGAGGAGGCAAGGGGCCAAAGGCCAUUUGCACUCGAAGAUUUUGUCCCGGCUUCUUUGGAGAUUCGGAUUGUCCAGAGAAAGUGAAGGAUUCAGAAUUUGCUCGUCGUCCGGAGACACCCGUUAUCUGAGACUGAUCCGGGACGAGGAAGAGAGUCGGAGGCCGCUGUUCAUGGCGUUCACGUGGGGCUCUGUCCUCCGGGUUUCCCUUCUCCCGAUUCUUCUCGCCGCCAUUGUCUUAGCUUUCUACUUUCUCCCCGUCGAAAAGAUUUUGAAGGAAUUUUUGGCAUGGGUUGAAGGAAAUCUUGGACCUUGGGGACCGAUUGCACUGGCUGUUGCAUACAUUCCUCUCACUGUUCUGGCGGUUCCUGCUUCGAUUCUUACGGUUGGAGGUGGCUACCUUUUCGGGUUGCCAAUUGGGUUUGUCGCAGAUUCUGUUGGUGCUACGCUCGGUUCAGGAGCAGCCUUUCUUCUCGGCUGCACGAUUGGAAAGCCUUUUGUUGUUUCUAAAUUGAAGGAUUAUCCUCAAUUUCAAUCAGUAUCACUCGCGAUUGAGAAUUCUGGUUUCAAGAUCUGCUUGCUGCUUCGGCUUGCCCCUCUUGUCCCUUUCAACAUGUUGAACUACCUUUUAUCCGUGACGCCAAUUCCCCUAGGCGAAUACUUGCUCUCUUCUUGGUUAGGAAUGAUGCCAAUAACGCUGGCGUUAGUGUAUGUUGGAACAACUCUGAAAGAUCUCUCUGACGUGACACACGGGUGGAGCGAGUUUUCCAUGAGCCGUUGGGUGUUCCUGGUUUCAAGCCUCGUAGUAUCCGUGGUAUUAAUGAUAUGCGUCACGAAGGUGGCGAAGGAUGCUCUGAGGAAAGCUUUAGCGGAGCACGAAGGAAUGGACGGUGAAACAAUGGCCGUGGCGAACGAAGCCGAGACCCGGGAAGACAUGGAUGAGCAGCUGUUGAUCAAGGUGGAACCACCACCUCCCCUGCCUCUGGUUCUCUCGUCAAGAAAAUCAUAGUCAUAUCUUGCAGCUUUUGAUUCUCUGUCAUUGUUGUACAUGUAAAUCUUGGAUUUUUACAAGGCAUAGGUUAUAUUAUGUAUGGGCAAAGUGAUAAUAAUAAUGAUGAUGAUGAUGAUGAUGAUGAUGCCACAAUUUGGGUUUUUAGAUUA